CGCGUGCAUGAACUGCAGGCACGCUGGGCCGUCUUGCGGUACCUGAACGCUUUCGAAUCAUGGCUGGAUCGUAAACUGGGCGUCGAGACACAGGGCAUAGAUCGCAUCCCAGAGGAGGAAAAACGCCCACCGUCGGUGUGGAACAUCUUUCUCAUGUGGUGGUCGCUCAACAUUCAUGUUGGUGUCUUGCCCUUAGGGUUGCUGGGGCCGGAAUUUGGCCUCUCCUUGAAACAGUCAAUCGCGGCUUCGAUUAUCGGCAUUAUACUGGGCGCGUUGAUGACGGCGACUACUGGAACGUUAGGUCCAAAGCUCGGGAUGAGACAAAUCGCCACAUCACGAUAUUCUUUCGGCUUCUGGGGCGCCAAACUGUGUAGUGUCCUCAACAUCGUCGUGGGUGGUGGGUUUGCAGUCGUCAACUAUGUCGUUGUUGGCCAGAUUCUCAGUGCAGUGUCGGGCUAUACCAUGAGUAUCACUGUUGGUAUCGUCAUUAUCGCCGUCAUAUCUUAUGUGGUGUCCAUUUUUGGCUUCCGAUUGAUUCACACUUUCGAAAAAUACUCGUGGAUUUAUACCUUUAUCCUCAUAUGCGUUCUCAUCGGACAGGCGGCACCUCAUGUAAAAACUGAUUUCCCGGGCGAGGAUGGUAACUCAGGAUUGGUGUACUCAGGGACGUUUCUCACCAUCGUUGCGAUCAACUUUUCCAACGCAUCGGGCUGGUGUUCCAUCGCCGCAGAUUAUUACUGCAACUUUCCCGCCAGUACUCCCGCUUGGAAGACCUUCUUCCUCACCUUUUGGGGCAUCGUUAUCCCCACCACCUUUUCCGUCACCAUUGGUUGCUGCCUUGGAAACGCCGCCGUUACAGUCGCCUACCCUCCAUAUGCCGAUGCCUACACUAACCAUGGCCUGGGAGGCCUCAUCAGUGAAAUUUAUCACCCACAGGCUUGGUCUCGUUUCUGCCUCGUGCUGCUUACCUUUUCUGUCCUCGGCAACAAUAUUGCCAUCAACUAUUCAUCUGGCCUAAGCAUGCAACUGCUGGGUCAUUACUUCCACGCCGUACCUCGCUUCAUCUGGUCGCUAGCUUUUGCUAUUGUAGUGGCGGUGCUAGCCGUUGCGGGGCAGCAGAAUCUGUCUAAUGUCGUCAACAAUUUCGUGUCGCUACUGGGCUAUUGGACCGUUAGCUUCACUAUGGUGCUGCUGCUUGAGGAUCGCGUCUUUCGCCGCAAGGAUGGCUAUGAUCUUGAGGCCUGGGAUCAACCGAACUUGCUCCCUUGGGGAGUUGCGGCUGUAACGGCCUUACUGGCAGGGUAUCUAGCGGGAGGUGUACCAGGAAUGAGCCAGACGUGGUAUAUAGGACCCAUUGCGGCCAAGUUUGGUGGUGACGGAGGUGACGUGGGUAUAUAUAUGAGCGCAGUGAUUACAGUUGUUGUGUAUACUGUGGGCAGGUAUUUCGAGAAAAAGUAUACUGGCCGGUAA